AUGGCAUCAGAUAAGUUCGAUCUUAUUCAAAGUGUACGACGCGGUGAUUUAGUUCGAGUUCGUUAUCUAAUCGAACAUAAAGAAGUUGAAUUAAAUAUUCGUGAUCAAUGGGAUUCAACACCAUUAUAUUAUGCUUGUUUAUGUGGUCAUUUGGAAAUAGCUCAAUAUCUGCUCGAUAAUGGUGCUCGAUGUCAAGCAAAUACAUUUGAUGGUGAACGUUGUCGAUAUGGUGCUUUAACUGAUACAAUUCGAACAUUAUUAAAAAAUUAUAAUGUUCUAACAGCACGAACAACUAGACGAAAUACUUAUGAUGAGUUUUUACGAAAACUUUUUGAACAAGGUUUAUAUAGUGAUGUAACAUUCGUUGUUGAUGAACGGACAUUCCCUUUACAUCGAUGUGUGUUAGCUGCACGAUCAUCAUUUUUUCGUGAAGCAUUAGAAAGUCGAUGGCAUAAUAAACGAUAUGUUAAUUUAACAAAAGCUAAAUUCAAUGCAGAAAGUUUUGAAGCUAUUAUUCGAUAUUUAUAUACAAAUUGCUGUGAAAUAGCAUUAGAAUAUAUCGACAGUGUUAAAGCUUUAGCUAAAAGUUGUCGUUUACCACAUUUAAUCGAUUUAAUUGAACGAAAAAAACAUGAAAUAGAUGAAUGGCAAGCAAGUAAAACAGCAAGAUCAAAUAUUUAUCGUUUAGUACUUGAACCUGAUGAAGAUGAUGAUAGUGUACGAUUAGAUUUUCGUAUGUUAGCUGAACAAGCUAUUCCAUUAGAACUUCGUCAAUGGAUUGCUGGUAGUGAAAUGCCAUUUAUUGAUCAACCUCAUCUAGACAUAUUUUCUGAUCUUGAGUUUAUUAUUGAUGAAUGUUAUCAUUUCAAUGUUCAUCAAGCAUUUAUGUGUACGCGAACGGAAUAUUUUUCUGCAAUGGUUAAAAAUCAUUUUAAUGAAAUGUUACCAAAUUCAAAUAAACAAACAAAUGAGAAAUCAACAAUGAUAUUAAAACAUAUUCGAAAAGAACUUUUUCUUCCACUUUUAUAUUAUAUUUAUUCAGAUGAAUGUGAAAUAUCAAAUGAUUGUGUUGAUGAGUUACUUAUACUUGCUGAUGAACUUUUAUUACCUGGUUUAAAACGUCUUUGUGGAAAUACUUAUUCAAAAUUACUUAAUGUUGAUACAAUUAUUUCAACAAUUCGAAUUUCACGUUUAUUUGAAUUAAUUAAACUUGAAGAUCAAUGUAUUCGAUUUAUUAGUGAUCAUCUUGAAGAUGUAUUACAACAAGAAGAUUUUGUAAAAUUUGUACUUGAAGAUGCAGCUAGUGUAGUCAAUCGACAAGAAACUGAUUCAGUACCAAUUAUUGAUGAUUUAAGAUUUUAUUUAGCUGAAUUUUCAACAGUUAAUCAAUCGGAUAUCGAUGAAACAUCUGAAAAAAUGAAAUUACUUGAUAAUUUUCUUGAAAAGAUUGGUCUGGAUAUUUAA